CUCCGCUCAACGUCAACGUUAUAAUUUCUUUUUCCUUUUUUCCUUUUUUAGGUCUGAAGCAUUUUCCCUCCCUAUCGCUGAUCUUUCAUACUUGCAAUCAAUAAGAAGUGUAUUAUAAAUUGCAAGACACCUCUGGUCGUGGUUGCAUAAAUCUGCAACUUCCGAUGGCUCCUUUGGGAAUGAAGUGGGAAGAAGGUCGCUGGGUUAAAAUUAGAGACAAUGAAUCUAGCUCAUACAGUGGAGAGGAGAAUCAAAGAAAUAAUCUGAAGCAUUAUAGUUACGGGGAACUAGUGGAGGCAACUGAAUUUUUCUCCAACAACAGACUCGUAGGAGAGGGCGCUUCUGGUGCAGUCUAUAGAGGAAAACUAGGCAGAGAAGUCGUUGCUAUCAAGAAAUUCAAAAUUAUAGUCAAUGAAGAUCAAGAAAAUCUUGAAGAUCAAUUUGAAGAGAUUGACGUUCUCAGGAAGAUUCGUCACCCAAAUGUUGUUAAACUGGUUGGGUACUGCAAUGAAGGAAGUAAUAGACUGCUCGUUUUAGAGUAUUUGAUGAAUAAAUCCUUAAAUUCAUAUUUACAUGGAAAGAAGUUCUUGUACUGGUCAAGCAGAUUGAAUAUUGCUAUAGGCUCUGCUAAAGGGAUACUAUAUCUCCAUAAAUGUGGUAUUAUACAUCGAGAUGUAAAGACGGACAACAUUCUUCUCGAUGAUAAUCUUGAACCGAAAAUUGCAGAUUUUUCUCUUAGCAAGUUUUUGCCAAAUACUGAUAAUAUUAGCCACAUCACUAGUGUGUUGAAGGGAACUAACAUUUAUGUAGAUCCAGAGUAUAGUUCGAUUCAAAAAGUAUCUGCAAAAUCAGAUAUCUAUUCUUUUGGUGUGGUGCUUCUAGAGUUAAUUACCGGAAGAAAACUUAUAGAUCAACAACAAAAUCUUGAUAUUGUCACUUGGGCUUGGAGAGAAAUUGAACAAGUUUUCGGUAAUGGAGAAUAUAGAGCUGUUGUGAACUCCAUAUUGCAGAGCUAUGACAAAGAGAAAAUCAAACGUAUGAUUAUGGCUCUUGUUGAUUCCAAAUUGGGAAAGAAUUAUGAUGAAGAACAAAUGAAACGAAUGGUAUUUUGUGCUAUAGCUUGCUUAAAUAAGUAUUCAAAGUCUCGCCCACGAAUGCAGAAGAUAAUUGAAGUUCUUGAAGGGAAGAUUAUACCUCCACAGAAUAUUUUGGAUGGCAAAUGACAAUAAGUAUUCAACAUUCAGCGACAAUUGAAGGAGUUCCAGUUUGUUUCCUUAAUUUCUCCAAGUUGUAUCCUAAACAUGAUAGGUUAUUUUUUUUUCUCAUUUUAGGUUCAGAGAUGUGUGGCUCGUCAAUAAAACUAUAUUUGGUUAUUGAUUUCCA